UCUUAUCUUUAUCUCUUGUAUAUCUCUUGUAUAUUUAAGCCAUUGAAUGUGGCUGGGUUAAUGCAAGUUUCAUCACUUCAUUCAAUCUUAUUAUGGUAUCGAGCCAUUAUCUGUAAAAAAAUCCCGAUCAAACAUCUGCCCUCUCCCAAUCAAUAUGUCAAGUGCUACAGCUCUCACUUUUCCAAUUUCGGUAGAUACUACUGGAACAUCUCUCACCAUUAUCAACCUCACCAAUGUUGUCAAGCUCACGUCAACUACCUAUUUGUCAUGGAAAAUUCAGGUUGAAGCAUUGCUCGUCGGCUAUGGUCUCUCAACAUAUAUCGAUGGUACACAAGUCUCUCCUCCUGCAACCAUCACAGACAACAAUGUUCCUUCACCUAAUCCUGCUUAUGAGCGUUGGAAAAGGAAAGAUAAACUCAUGUUUGGAGCUAUCGCUGGUACACUCGAUCCUACCAUUAUUCCUCUUAUUUCUCAAGCAGCUACUUCCAAAGAAGCAUGGGAUAUUCUGGCUCACACAUUUGCCCGUCCUACCAGGGGACAAAUUAAACAAACCAAAUCUCAUCUCAAAAACACCAAAAAGGGAUCUCACUCUAUCACUCAUUAUCUUCACACAAUGAAGACAUGUGCUGAUCAACUCACUUUACUUGGCAAACCUAUGGAUAUUGAAGAUCUCGUUGAACAUAUUCUUGAUGGCCUCGAUAGCAAUUAUCAAUGUGUCAUUGAUGCGGUUAACGGUCGUGAUGUUCCUAUCACUUUUGAUGAACUUCAUGAGAAGCUUCUCAAUAAAGAGUUAGAACUUCAGGCCAAACAAGUAUCAUCUGUUGAUCUCAUGUUUCCAGCCACUGCACAUGCCACCAAUUUUAAACCCAAAAAAUUUCCAUCUACCUCACGAUCUCUGUGGAAUUCUGCUCCCAGCAAACAAUCUAUCACAGGCUUGCCUAACAAACGACCGGCGAAACCAUAUCUUGGGCGUUGUCAAUGGUGUCAUGUUCAGGGACAUAACAUCUCCUAUUGCCCAGUUUUUCAGCAGCAACAUCCAUCUAUCAAGCCUCCUCCACCUCCACGGACCAACUCUUCACUUCCUCAAGCUCAUGUGGCUAUGAUUAGCUCUCCCUCGGAAUCCUCCUGGCUGCUUGACAAUGGUGCCUGUCACCAUGUGACGUCUGAUCUUGGUAAUCUUUCUCUUCACAAACCGUAUGACGGUACUGAAGAGAUUGUUAUUGGUGAUGGAUCGGGCCUGCCUAUCUCAUAUACUGGACCUGACCACGGGAGCACAUCUUCUCAAAGGACUAACUAGUCAUGGUGUUUAUAAGUGACCCUCUCUCAAGUCUCCUCCAGUUCUAUACUCCAGUCUCUGCUCUACCGUUUCCGAACUACAUCAUUCUCUUGGCCAUCCUGCCAUAUCAGUCAUGCGUCGGCUCAGUGUUGUUCAUGGAAUUUCAAUUCCCAGUACUUAUAGUUUAAAUUGUCAUUCUUGUCACUGUAAUAAGAGCCAUAAAUUACCAUUUCAUGUUUCUACAAUAAAAUCC